AAUGAGUGAAGCUGAGAGGAUCUGGUAUCCUCCCAAUCAUGUCUUCCAUGUAGAUGAGGCAACCAGGUACAACGUACUCUACCGAAUAAGGUUUUAUUUUCCUCAUUGGUAUUGUAAUGGAAGUAAUAGAACUUAUCGGUAUGGAAUAUCUCGAGGUUCAGAGGCCCCUCUUCUUGAUGAUUUUGUCAUGUCUUACCUUUUUGCUCAGUGGCGGGAUGACUUUGUGCAUGGAUGGAUCAAAGUGCCUGUGACUCAUGAAACACAGGAAGAAUGUCUUGGGAUGGCUGUCCUAGAUAUUAUGAGAAUAGCUAAAGAAAAGGAUCAGACCCCACUGGCUGUCUAUAACUCUACCAGCUACAAGACCUUUUUACCAAAAUGUGUUCGAGCAAAGAUCCAAGAUUAUCAUAUUUUGACUCGAAAGCGAAUAAGGUACAGAUUCCGCAGAUUUAUUCAACAGUUCAGCCAAUGCAAAGCUACUGCCAGAAACUUGAAACUUAAAUAUCUUAUAAAUCUGGAAACUCUUCAGUCUGCCUUCUACUCAGAACAAUUUGAAGUAAAAGAACCUAGCAGAGGUCCUUCAGGUGAGGAGAUUUUUGCAACCAUUAUAAUAACUGGAAACGGUGGAAUUCAGUGGUCACGAGGGAAACAUAAAGACAGUGAGACCCUGACAGAACAGGAUUUACAGAUGUACUGUGACUUUCCUGAUAUUAUUGAUGUCAGCAUUAAACAAGCAAAUCAAGAAGGUUCAAAUGAGAAUAGAGUGGUGACUAUUCAUAAGCAAGAUGGCAAGAAUUUGGAAAUUGAAUUUCACUCAUUGAGAGAAGCUCUGUCUUUUGUAUCAUUAAUUGAUGGAUACUAUAGAUUAACAGCAGAUGCACACCAUUACCUCUGUAAAGAAGUAGCACCCCCAACAGUCCUUGAAAAUAUCCAAAGCAACUGUCAUGGCCCAAUUUCGAUGGAUUUUGCCAUAAGUAAACUGAAGAAAGCAGGUAAUCAGACUGGCCUCUAUGUCCUUCGACGUAGCCCUAAGGACUUUAAUACAUAUUUCCUCACUUUUGCUAUUGAGCGAGAAAGUGCCACUGAUUAUAAGCACUGUUUGAUUACAAAAAAUGAGAAUGGGGAAUUCAACCUUAGUGGGACUAAGAAGAGCUUCACUAAUCUUAAGGAUCUUUUGAAUUGCUACCAAAUGGAAACUGUCCGCUCAGAUAGUAUCAUUUUCCAGUUUACCAAGUGCUGCCCUCCAAAGCCCAAAGAUAAAUCGAAUCUUCUAGUCUUCAGGAGUAAUGGUAUUUCUGAUGUCCCCACAUCACCAACAUUGCAGAGGCACAAUAAUGUGAACCAAAUGGUAUUUCAUAAAAUCAGAAAUGAAGAUUUAAUAUUUAAUGAAAGCCUUGGGCAAGGCACUUUUACCAAGAUUUUUAAAGGUGUAAGAAGAGAAAUAGGAGACUAUGGGCAGCUCCAUGAAACAGAAGUCCUUUUAAAAGUUCUGGAUAAAGCACAUAGAAAUUAUUCAGAGUCUUUUUUUGAAGCAGCAAGCAUGAUGAGCCAGCUUUCUUACAAGCAUCUGGUUUUAAAUUAUGGGGUCUGUGUCUGUGGAGAAGAGAAUAUUCUUGUUCAAGAAUUUGUGAAAUUUGGAUCGUUAGACACAUACCUGAAAAAGAACAAAAAUUCUAUAAAUAUAUUAUGGAAGCUUGAAGUAGCCAAACAAUUGGCAUGGGCCAUGCAUUUUCUUGAAGAAAAAAGCCUCACUCAUGGUAAUGUGUGUACUAAGAACAUUUUACUGAUCAGAGAAGAGGACAGAAAGACAGGAAAUCCUCCUUUCAUCAAACUCAGUGAUCCUGGCAUUAGUAUUACAGUUCUGCCAAAAGACAUUCUUCAGGAGAGGAUACCAUGGGUUCCACCUGAAUGUAUUGAAAAUGCUAAGAACCUAAGUUUGGCAGCAGAUAAGUGGAGUUUUGGUACCACUUUGUGGGAAAUCUGCAGUGGAGGAGACAAACCUCUGAGUGCAUUAGAUUCUCAAAGAAAACUGCAGUUCUAUGAAGAUAGACAUCAGCUCCCUGCACCAAAGUGGACAGAACUGGCAAAUCUUAUCAAUAACUGUAUGGAUUAUGAGCCAGAUUUCAGGCCUUCUUUCCGGGCCAUCAUACGAGACCUUAACAGCUUAUUCACUCCAGAUUAUGAACUACUAACCGAAAAUGACAUGUUGCCAAAUAUGAGAAAUGGUGCCCUAGGAUUUUCUUGUGCUUUUGAAGACAGAGAUCCCACCCAGUUUGAAGAGAGACACCUUAAAUUCCUACAGCAACUUGGCAAGGGUAAUUUUGGAAGUGUGGAAAUGUGCCGAUAUGACCCCCUACAAGACAACACUGGUGAAGUGGUGGCCGUGAAAAAGUUACAACACAGUACUGAGGAACACCUGAGAGACUUUGAAAGAGAAAUUGAAAUUCUUAAAUCUUUGCAACAUGACAACAUUGUCAAAUACAAAGGAGUGUGCUACAGUGCUGGCCGUCGUAAUCUGAGAUUAAUUAUGGAAUAUUUACCUUAUGGAAGUUUACGUGAUUAUCUCCAGAAACAUAAGGAAAGGCUGGAUCAUAAGAAACUUCUGCAAUACACAUCUCAGAUCUGCAAGGGAAUGGAGUAUCUUGGUACAAAAAGAUAUAUUCAUAGAGAUCUGGCCACAAGAAAUAUCUUAGUGGAGAAUGAGAAUAGAGUUAAAAUUGGAGAUUUUGGAUUGACAAAAGUCUUGCCACAAGACAAAGAAUACUACAAAGUGAAAGAACCUGGUGAAAGCCCCAUAUUCUGGUAUGCUCCAGAAUCACUCACAGAAAGCAAGUUCUCUGUAGCCUCAGAUGUAUGGAGUUUUGGAGUAGUUCUGUAUGAACUUUUCACAUAUAUUGAGAAAAGCAAAAGCCCACCAGCGGAAUUUAUGCGUAUGAUUGGCAAUGACAAACAAGGGCAAAUGAUUGUAUUCCAUCUAAUAGAACUUUUGAAAAAUAAUGGAAGAUUGCCAAGACCAGAUGGAUGUCCUGAUGAGAUUUAUACUAUCAUGACAGAAUGUUGGAACAAUAAUGUAAGCUUACGGCCUGCCUUUAGGGACCUUGCACUUCGAGUGGAUCAGAUAAGAGAUGACAUGGGUGGAUGAAAGAACCGAACUUCAUUUUAUUACUACGGAAUUAAAUUUUGCCCUUCAGGACUAUUCUCACACUGGUCAUGGUGAUGAACAGAACAGAAAUGCAAAUAUCUCAUUAGAACUUGCAGGCACAAACCUCCCAUCAAAACUUGCAGACUUCAUCAAAUGUUUGUUUUCUCCACGAAGGUGUAUUUGCACUUGAGAACAUGUCUGUGAAAUCCAUUAAUAGGGAAUUUUCUUUGUGUUAAGAUACUGAAAAUAUUCCUGGGUGUAGUCAGUGUCACUUGACAAAGCAAAAAAAGAAAAGAAAAAGACUGCUUUCUUGACUCAGUUAAAUUUUUGAGAGGUGAAAACAUUUAAUGCUUUUUCUCUUUUGGCAAAGUUAAAGAUGCAGAGAAUAUAUUUGUACGGUCUUUUCCAUAGUGAAUGUAUAAAGAACUUGGCCUCUUGUGUAAUGUUUUGCACAAAGGUUUACAAUCAUUGGUAUUGUUUUCUAAUUUUUCCAGUGUUGUUCCACACGUUUGCUUCACAUUAGAACCAAAAUAAGAUGUUUAGAUUACUUAAUAAGUUACUGUUUGUGUGCCUGUUCAGCUUUGUCAUUGGCCAGCAAUAUAAGCAGGUUUGCAUUUUUUAGCAUGUUGUUUUGUGUAUUGUAAAUAUUUUUCAAGGCAAAGGGAACAAGCAUAUACUUUUACUUGUACAGGAUAACCUCAGUCCCUUCCCUAUCCACUUAAGAAUACAUUUUGAAAUGGAACAAGCAUACAAAGAUAUAGCACAAUAUAUUUUCCUACUUGGUUUUCUUGUAUCAGUUGUGGUGGAAGCAUAUAUUAAAUAGAAUUCCCUCUAUAUGUAUUUUUUUGGCAUGAUUGAACAACAAGAUGUACUUGAAGCUUCUUCACACUAAUUAGUAGUCUUAUUUUAAGACUUUUUUGAGAAUAAGAAUAUUUUCAUCCCCUGAGUUAUUCUAUUCAGUAUGUUCCUUCAUUCCUUGGAAAUAUGACACUGUUAAAUUGAAUGAGUGAAGGAAACAAACACAUAAAUAGCUUUCUAACCUGAAACUGUAUAAACAUACUUAUAGGUUAUGGAAUGGGUUGUGAAGACAACCAAGAAAAGUUCAAUUCUUGGUCCACCUUUUAUUUCCUAAAUAUAUUUGUAUUUCUUGAAGAAUAUAUUUAAGCGGUAGUAAAAUUUUCUUUUUCUGU